UAUAAGCUGAUGCAGAGAGCUCGUAGCACUUUUCUACAAUUUACAAUCUACCAAACAAACGAUAUUUUAUGGGCAUGUAAAAUAGUUGUUGUGACAAUUAUAAAUAAGUAAUUAAUGUUUAAGAUUUUAAUUCUUUAUUAAUUCGUUAAAGCGGUUAAAAAUGGCCGGUUUAGAGUUAUUGGCUGAUCAAGGUAUUCGAAUGGAUGGCCGGCGUCCAGGAGAAUUGCGAAAAAUUGAUUGUAAACUUGGAGUAUCAACCAGCGCUGAUGGAUCAGCUUUUUUUCAACAGGGCAAUACCAAAGUACUUGCUACUGUGUAUGGACCUCACGAAGUGACUGUUCGUAAAGGAAAGGCAGCCACUGAUCAUGCUAUCAUAAACUGCCAAUAUAGAACGGCUCCUUUUAGUACAUCCACAAGAAAUAAAGUGUCACGUAAUGAUAGAAGAUGUUUAGAAAUGUCUAUUAUAUUGAGACAAGCAUUUGAAGCUGCUGUGUUGACAUCUACGUACCCUGGCUCACAAAUUGAUAUAUUUUUCUUGGUAUUAUAUUCCGAUGGAGGUAAUCUUAGUGCUUGUAUCAAUGCUGGUACUCUUGCUCUCAUCAAUGCAGCCAUUCCACUGAAAGACUAUCUCUGUGCAUGCUGUUCUGGCUUUGUCAAUGAAACUCCUCUGAAGGACAUCAAUCAUUAUGAAAGUAUUUUAGGUGGAACUGAAUUGAAUCUCGCUAUGCUUAGGAAAUCUGAAAUGAUUGUGUGUGAUGAACUGACAGCUAGGAUCCACAGAGAUCACUUGGGAAAAAUUCGUAAAAUGGCCAUGCAAGGCUGUCAUGACAUUAGUGCAAUCCUAGAUGCUGCUAUAAAAAAACAUUUGGCACUUGUGAAGAUAACUUAGUUAUUUUGCUUACAAUAAAAGCUGUUCUUUUAUUUGA